AUGCUCUUGUUCCUUUUCUUGUUUGGUCUGGCUCUGGGUGCCGAGUCUCCUUCAGGUGACCGUGAAAUGAAGCUACAGCGUGGUAACUGUCCCAUGUUCUGGUACAGCUUCAACGGCCGCUGCUACAAGUAUGUCGCCACACAUAUGACCUGGGCUGAUGCAGAGCUCCACUGUGUGUCACAGAGGGCCAAUCUGGUGUCUAUCCACAGUCUGGAAGAACACGAUUUUGUCAAAACUCUGAUCAAGAACUUUGACCACACUCAGAAAUUCACCUGGAUCGGACUCAGUGACACCCAGAAGGAAGGCGGAUGGAUGUGGUCCGAUGGAUGCCCAGUGGACUUUGUCUUGUGGGGUGCAACAGAGCCAAACAACGCAGGUGGAAAUGAACACUGUGUAUACAACAACUAUGAUAUUGAUUUAAAAUGGAAUGAUGAUAUAUGUUCAGAAAUGUAUGCUUCUGUUUGUGCAUCUCAAAUUCUCUGUCCUUAG